GACCCGUGCCCGUGAAAGUGGCUCAGCCAGGAAUGCAUGUUCUCGCGGAGAAUUGACAAAUGGUCACCUGGCCGACUCUUCUCCGCCUCGCCAGUCUUCUAUUUGUGUGUGGCAUUGUGGCUGUCUACGAUAAUUACACCAGCUUGUGCCAAAAUCUGCCCUAGCCUCAAGAUUCAAACGAAUUUCAAAGAUCUUCGUGGUUGCACCGUCAUUGAAGGUAGUCUGGUCAUCAUGAGUGGUUUUGAAACAAUGAACCUCGGACCGGACGAUUACCUUCGCAAGAAUCUCUCCUUCCCCGAGCUUAGAGAAAUCACCGAUUAUUUGUUGGUGUUCAAAGCCGGGCGGGUACUCUCCUUUUCAACAUUAUUUCCCAAUCUAGCCGUGAUCCGCGGCAACAAGCUCCUAGGGAAUUGGGCGUUAAUUAUUUUCCAAAAUGAGAAUUUGGCAGAGAUCGGCCUACUAAGCCCUAACCUCAAUUCUCCAUGGCGGUGUCAAGAUCAUAGAGAAUCCAAGCCUCUGUUAUGUCAAUACCGUCGAUUGGAAGAAGAUUGUUAAUGUGGAUUACUUGCCUCAUAUUAAUAUAGAGGAAAACCGAGAAUAUCUUUAUUGUCCGGCUCAGUGUCCUUCAGUGUGUCCCCAAAGUGAAGACAGUAAGUCAUUUCUUUGCUGGACGGAGCAAGAUUGUCAACGCGUGGCCAUUCCUUGCCCGCUUCGGGUGCGGGGCAAUCGUAUUCGUGCUACUCGGAUAAUAAUGGGCUGCAAAAUAUCUGCAAUCAGGAGUGCUUGGGCGGAUGCAAUCCUCAUGACAGUACGGAUUGCUGGGCUUGUAGGAAUGUCCGAUGGGAAUCCAGCGAGGGCAAGAAAUGCAAUAAUGUGUGUCCUCACCCUUUG